UUGCAACUGCACAGACAGAAAGAAGAGAGAGAGAGAGAGAGAGAGCGAAAACCAGACCCAGACAUCAGAAAUAGAGACGAAAACUCUCUAAAAAGUGUUUUAAAUCUCUCUAAACCAUCACUCUCAUUCGAUCCAACGCCAUUCCCAUUCUACUUCUUCAAUCUCCACUUUGAUUCCCAUAUCUGUAUAUACACAUACAUACAUAUAUACAUAUAUAUAUAUAUAUAUUUGUUGUAUAGUUUGUGCAAUGGAGAGGUACGGUCGAGCAACGGCAAUGGAAGGGUCGCAGUCUGAUCCAGGAGGUGAAACCGGGCUCGAAGAGCCUAUGUGGCAGUUGGGGUUCGGGAGUGGUGUCGAGUCUUACCCGGAGCGGCCCGACGAGGCCGAUUGUAUCUACUAUUUGAGGACCGGGUUUUGCGGGUACGGUUCGCGGUGUCGGUUCAAUCAUCCCCGGGACCGGGGUUCGGUUGUGGGGGUUAUGAGAGCUGGUGGAGGGGAGUUCCCGGAGCGAGUGGGUGAACCCGUGUGCCAGUAUUAUAUGAGGACUGGUAUGUGUAAAUUUGGUGCUUCCUGCAAGUAUCACCAUCCGCAACAGGGAGGUGGAUCUGCUAUCCCUAUGACACUAAAUAUUUACGGAUACCCAUUUCGACCGGGUGAAAAAGAAUGUUCAUACUAUGUGAAAACGGGGCAGUGCAAGUUUGGUGUAACCUGUAAAUUCCAUCAUCCACAUCCGGCUGGCAUACAAAUGCCGGCACCAAAUGCUGGACCUUUGCCUAUGCCAGCACCUGUGCCUGCUGCAAUUUAUCCUUCAAUACAAUCUCCUUCUGCUCCGUCAUCUCAACAAUAUGGAGUGGUCGCUGGAAAUUGGCCAGUUGCAAGGCCUACUUUAGUUCAAGGUUCAUAUCUUCAAGGGGCUUAUAGUCCUGUGCUGCUGUCUACAGGGAUGGUUCCCUUUUCUGGUUGGAAUCCUUACCAGGCAUCUGUAAAUCCAGUAGCUUCCCCUAGUUCUCAGUCUACCAUUGGAGCAAGUCCGAUUUAUGGGCUAACACAAUUAUCUCCUUCAGCACCUGCAUAUGCGGGAGCUUAUUUACCCUUGCAUGCUUCAGCUGGUCCAUCAAGUAGUAACCAGAGGGAAUAUGCAUUUCCAGAAAGACCUGGCCAACCUGAAUGUCAAUAUUACAUAAAAACUGGGAAUUGUAAAUUUGGAUCAUCAUGUAGAUACCAUCAUCCACUAGAAUGGAGUUUGCCACAAAUGAAUUUUGUUCUUAGUCCGAUGGGUCUUCCCUUACGUCCGGGUGCACAGCUUUGCACACACUAUGCUCAAAAUGGAGUUUGCAAAUUUGGGUCCUCAUGCAAAUUUGAUCAUCCCUUGGGAACACUGAGUUACAGUUCAUCUGCAUCUUCUCUUGCUGAUAUGCCAGUUGCUCCUUACCCUGUUGGAUCUUCCAUGGGUACUCUGGCUCCAUCAUCCUCUUCAGAGUUGAGGCAUGAACUUAUUUUGGGGUCCAACAAGGAUGCCAUUUCAACCAGGAUGUCUUCUUCGACAAGCACAUCUAGUGGUUCGGUUGGUUUGAUUUUAUCGAAGAGUGGGCCCGCUUCUCAUCCUAGUGUUCAGCAAUCUGAUCAGGCUUCUGCGUCUUCAAUCACCAGCAGUAGUGUGAGUCAGGGAGGUGAGGUUCACACAUCAAUCUAAACAAUAUAUUAUUGCAAAACCCUAAUUGUUCCUCCAAAAUUCAUGAACCAUGCAUUAUUUUUUGGGGGCAAUACCUCUAAAUACGAGGCUUGUUUUCAAUCAUCAUGGUUCCAUGAUUCAGAUCUAGCACACUGUUGCUCUGAUCAUGUCUGUUUUCAUAUAAUCUUUAUAUGCCCUCCUCUUCUUUCAUCUUGAAUAAGUGAUGCCCAACUUCAAAAUCGGGCAAACCAUAUACUGUUCCCAAUUUUCUUCCUAAUAACCAAGAAGAAAAGGCCCACUUCCAUUAACCAAUGUUGCACCAUCUCUUCAAUUUUGGAGUUUGUUGUGUUAAUUUAUGCUCUGAAAAAGAUUAGUACUACACCUCUCUUCCUUCCAUAUUUACUGCGUUAGCCCGUCUUUUGUACCUCUCGAAAUCUGGGACCAAGCUUCCAAUUCAACUUUGGAAUGAAAUUUGGAUGUGUUCUUGUUCCCCUAUUUUUCUGUCCCGGGCGGGUUCUAUCGUGGUAAAACAGUCACUCCAGAGACUCCAAGGAUGAGCUGGAUACAUAUGUUGUGAAAACUUCAAUUGCUUGAUGGUUCAUGAUAAAUUUAUCACCAAAAACAAACAAAAGAACGUUGAAAAACCAGAGAUUCUGUAAAAGUAAUUUAUGUCUUUAUUUCUAUCAUUGUUUUAUGAGACUGGUGAUGACUAUAUUGCUUCUCUGAGCUUUGCUUUUUAUAUGCCAAAUAUGGAGCAAUUUUGGGGUAAAUCUGUGGUGAUUGAGGGACAUUUUGAUGUGUUUAUCACAAAUAUAUUUGGUAAGUGAGAUUUGUUGACA